UUGUAUUAACACUUUAACACAUUACACAUUAACACAUUGUAUUGAAAUAGAAAGAAAAAAACAGCAAGUGCAGCUUUAAUUCCAGCAAGACUCUGACACUUGUUUGGAUUUUUUCUUUUUAAGUUUUGUUCACCUGAAGGGCUUUUUUUUCCCCCUCCGGUCCCCUGACACCGGCUCUUGCUGCAGCUUCUGCCCGCCCCCGGCUCCUUCCCGUCCGGCCAUGGGCUCCGUGUUGCCCGGCUCCUCGCUGGGCCUGAAGUCGGGCUUCAAGCCGCACCAGCCGCUCUCCCUGGCGGACAUCAUCACCUCGGACAUCCUGCACAGCUUCCUGUACGGCCGCUGGAGGCACGUGCUGGGCGAGCAGCACCACCACCACCUCCCGCACCAGCAUCACCUGCAGCACGAGGACCGCACCACCCCGAGCGCGAGCCCCAAGACCGCCUUCACCGCUGAGGUGCUCGCGCAGUCCUUCUCCGGAGAGGUCCAGAAGUUGUCCAGUCUGGUUUUACCCAGUGAGGUGAUCAUCGCUCAGAGUUCAGUCCCAGGAGAAGGUUUGGGUAUUUUCUCUAAAACAUGGAUUAAAGCUGGAACAGAGAUGGGACCUUUCACCGGACGCCUCAUCUCACCUGAACACAUCGACCUGUACAAGAACAACAACCUCAUGUGGGAGGUGUUUAACGAAGACGGGACGGUCAGGUAUUUCAUCGAUGCGAGUCAGGAGGACCAGAGGAGCUGGAUGACUUACAUUAAGUGUGCGAGGAACGAGCAGGAGCAGAACCUGGAGGUGGUUCAGAUCGGCAGCAGCAUCUUCUACAAGGCUGUGGAGACAAUCCCUCCGGAUCAGGAGCUGCUGGUCUGGUACGGAAACUCCCACAACACCUUCCUGGGAAUCCCAGGAAUUCCUGGAGGAGAGGAAGAACAGAGCAAGAAGACCAAAACCGAUGAGUUCCACACCUGUGAAGGCUCCUCCUCCUCCUCCUCUUCUUCCUCCUCUUCCUCCUCCUCCUCCUCCUCUUCCUCCAGUCUGGGCCGCAUGCGUUGCGUCAUCUGCCACCGCGGCUUCAACUCCCGCAGCAACCUGCGCUCCCACAUGCGUAUCCACACGCUGGACAAACCGUUUGUCUGCCGCUUCUGCAACCGCCGGUUCAGCCAGUCAUCCACGCUGAGAAACCAUGUCCGGCUGCACACCGGUGAACGCCCGUACAAGUGCCACGUCUGCCAGUCGGCGUACUCGCAGCUGGCCGGCCUGAGGGCGCACCAGAAGAGUGCCAGGCACCGGCCCACAGGAGACGCCAGCGCUGCGGUGGGAAGCGUGGUGCUGCACGCUGCUCACGCAACUCACUCACCUCCUCCUCACCCACCACAGCUGACCACCAUGCCUCAUCCAGCAUCACUGGUUCACCAUGUACCCACCAUGGUGCUGUGAUAGGGGGUAGACAGACAGACACACGCAGCAAAUUACAGACAGACAGAUAAACAGAAACAUCUUUUAACUUAAAAAAUAUUUGGACAAAAUAAGACAGAAAGGUGUAUCACCA